GAAUGCGUGACCUAUUACGCCGAUUCCGACUGCCAUCACAGUAUUGGCAACUACAUUCCGACCUGUGAGGGAAACUGCUUCCAGUUCAGCUCUUUCCAGGGACUGGUGGUGGAAGGCAACUUCAUUCAUGGCACCGACUGCAUCGUGUACUCAGACCCAUAUUGUCAAAAUGAGAUCGGUGUCACUCCGAAUGCGAUCAACCAGAACAUCGAUUGUCUUUCGUACGGCGAAGCACAGUCGAUGAAAUGUUACUUCGACUGCUGA